UGUAAACAGACAAAACCAUCACUAACACACAGUAACACGCUAUGAAUUGUAGAGGUUUGAGUAACGUGAAGAAGUCAUUUGAGCAAUUUCGUUCAUCUAAGCUAGAAAUUGCUAUAAAACCCUCAAUUAAAAAAAAAAUAAGGGAAAAGAAAAAAAAAUGGCUGAGAGCGUCUUGUACAUUGCAGAGAAGUUAGGGAAUUUGCUAAUUAAGGAAGCUGAAUUUCUCCACAAAGUGAAGAAAGAGGUGGAAUCUCUUUCAAAGGAACUCAAGGCCCUUGGUUCUGAUUUGAAGAAGGCCGAUGUGAUGACCAACAAAGAAGAAGAAUACGAUGAAUGGGUUAGCCAACUCAGAGAUUUGGCCUUUAAGGCUGAGGAUGUUAUAGAAGUCUUCGUCAACAAUGAAACGCAAUAUGAUGGGUGCAAUGUUGUCCAGCUGAUGAUGGGGUGCAUCUGCCAAAUUAUAACUCUCCACAAAUUGAAAAAUGAAAUCGAUGAUAUCAACAUCAAGCUAAAGGAACUUCCAAAGAAAAGCUCACCGUUCACAAUUCAAAGUCUAGAGAAUGGUGGUGAAACUUCUUCUAUCCAUCAUGAUCGGGAAGAAGACCAGCUGGUGUUAAGCAGAGCUAAAGAAGAUGAUGAUAUCGUCGGUUUUCAAAAGGAAGCAAACAAAUUGGCAUCGUCAUUGACAAAGAAAGAACCACAAGGACAGGUCUUUGGUCAGGCAGGAGCAGGAAAGACUGCACUUGCUCGAAAUAUUUACAAGAGAAGCGAUGUUAACAAUCAAUUCGAUUGUGUUGCAUGGGUUUCUGUUUCCCCAGACUACCAUGUAGAAGAUAUCUGGCAAGCCAUACUAGAACAAGUUAAGAAUCUCACAGAAGAAGAAAAGGAGAAGCUACAAGGGAAGAAGAGCGUUGAGUUACUGGAUAUUGUCUAUGACUGCUUAAAAGAAAAGAACUACCUGAUUGUCUUGGACGAUUUAUGGAAGCAAACAGAUUGGGAGAUGAUAAGCAUGGCCUUUCCAAAGUCACAAGAAAAGAAAUGCAGGGUUUUACUCACAACUCGUAUCGAAGAAGUAGCCCGUGCUGCUAACCCAUCAACUGAUCCGGAAAUACUACGGGUUUUGAAUGACGAGGAGAGUUUGAAGCUGUUCUUGAAGAAAGUAUUCGGAUGCUCCUUGGACAGAAUACCAGAGUCUAGUCUCUCUGAGGAAAUGAAGGAUGUGGCAAGGCAAAUGCUUUCAAGAUGCGAGGGACUCCCAAUUGCAAUCGUGCUUCUGGGAGGCAUUCUAUCAGCAAAAAGGAAGGAUAUCUUUGAGUGGACGAACAUGCUUGAAAAGGUCCGUUCAGAUCUAGCAGAAUCAACAGACCUCCGUAAGCUAUUUUCUCUGAGCUAUAAUGAAUUGCCAUAUGCCUCAAAACCAUGUUUCCUUUAUUUUGGACUUUUCCCAGAGGAUAGUGUGAUCGAAUGUGAUAAAUUGAUUCGACUAUGGGUAGCUGAGGGAUUUAUAGAGCAGCGAGAUGAUAAAAUAAUGGAAGAUAUGGCUAGAGAUCGGCUUAAGGGUUUAAUCCAAAGGAGCAUGAUCCAAGUUGUUGAAUGUAAAUCAGAUGGGGAUCCUCAAACAUGUCGUACUCAUGACCUCGUUCGAUCAUUAGCAAUACAAGAAGCGAAGAAAGCUAAGUUUUCCAGCAUCUGCAAGAAGAAACAAUUGGAGGUGUCGAUGGAAGGCAGCUGUCGUCGAAUUGCCUUGCAUCCUCAAGAUUUCGAGUUUCAUAUUGGUACGUCUACUUCUGCUCCUUUCCAAUCCAUUGUUGAGAUGAAUGCUGAUCUCGUGGGCGUUAAAGAGGAAGUGGAUCGACUAGUAAUGUUGUUGACACAGGAAGAACACCUGGGACGGGUUGCUGCCGUUUCUAUUGUGGGCAUGGGGGGAAUAGGGAAGACAAUGCUCGCACGACAUGUUUACAAUAAAAUUGAGGUUAAAUCUUAUUUUACUUGUCGUGCUUGGGUAAAUGUCUCCCAACACUAUGCUGUAAGAGAUAUUUUGAAGAUUAUAUUGCAACAAGUUACAACCCUCACAGAUGCAGAGUCAAAACUUGAGAGCGAGGAUGUGUUGCAAAGGAGGCUCCACAAUCAUUUCAAUCAAAAACAACAGAGCAACCUCGUUGUAUUGGACAAUAUUUGGAGGACAGAAGAUUGGGAUAUCAUAAGAAACAUUUUCCCGGAGCCACUCAACAGCCAGAGUUGCAGAAUGUUACUCACGACUCGCUCUGCAGAUCUAGUAUAUCACGUCAGUUCAUCAAGUGCUCCGCUUCACCUGCGUUUAUUGAAUGGUGAGGAAAGUUUGAAGCUGUUCCUGCAGACGAUCUUUAAGUGCUCACUGGAUGAAAUAUCAGAAGCUGGUCUCUCCGAAGACAUGAUGGACAUAGCGCGUCUUUUGGUCAAUAAAUGUGCUGGAGUCCCACUUGCAAUUGUGCUUCUAGGAGGCCUCUUAUCAGUGAAAAGGAAGGAUGUCGCCGCAUGGGUUAAUAUACUUCAAAGUCUGAAGAUGAUUGAUUCACAUUUUAUUUUAGUGGAUAUAUUCUAUAUAGCUUAUAAGGAUUUGCCUGAUUACUUGAAAUCUUGCUUCCUUUCUUUGAGACAUUUUCCAGAGGACACUGAGAUGGCCUGUGACACAUUGAUUAGAUUAUGGGCUGUGGAAGGAUUUUUGAAGCUGAGGGACAAUUACACCUUGGAAGAUGCGGCAAGAGAUUACCUUGAAGAGUUAAUCCAGAGGAAGCUGAUCGAGGUAGCAAAAAGGAAAUUGAAUGGAUCUCCUGAAACUUGUCGGAUUCAUGAUCUCCUUCGAGAUUUUGUGUCAACUGAAGCCCGGAAAGCGGAAUUUUCUAAGAGUUCUGAGAAUGAACAAUUGAGGUUGGCCCAAGGCAAUCGUCCACUUGCCUUGCAUUCUAAGGACAGUACUGAGCUCGUCCAUGAGGGUAAUACAUCUACUGCUCCUCAUUUCCAAGCCCCCAAAACUUUUAGUUUGAUGGAUGAUAUCCUUUCUUUUUUGGAUCCCUUCAAAUUUCCAAACCAUGUCUAUUCCUUGCUGUGUUUAUCCAAAAACCCCCAAUUUUGCUUUCAACAGUUCCAGUUGCUUAGAGUACUUGAUCUACAAGGUGCAGAAAAUAUCAUGGAAGUACCUAAAGAAAUUAGGAAUCUCACCCUUCUUAGGUACUUGAGCUUACGCAACACCCGCGUAAAACAGAUUCCAUCUUGGAUAGGUAACCUCCGCAACUUACAGACAUUGGAUGCACCUGGUUCCAAGAUUCCCAUUGAUACAUUGAAACUAAAUCAGUUAAAGACAUCUUUUCGCCCAUUCCUUCUCCUUAUCCGCUCCAGCUGCUUCUUCUUCUCUGGGCAUUGAUGCUCUUGAGCAGUUACAGACAUUGGAACUAGCGGAUGUAAGCGAUUGGAAAAUUAGUGGUCUCCGCAAGUUGAUCUAUCUUAGAGUCCUAAGGUUACGUCGUGGUGGUGACGACACUGUGCUCGAGGAUAUAUACUAUUUGUGGCGCCGCCUUAAGUUCCUCAGCUUGACACAAACAAAGGCAUUGUCGCCUCCCUUGCGUCUGCCAUCAUUGUUGCGCCACGACCAACUCUAUGACAUGGUUGUGGAGGGAACAGCUACUGAAGCCAUUGAUUUCCCACAACAACUCACUUACUUGUGGUUGGACAGUACUAUUGAGCAUGGGGUGGUCCCAUUUUUCCGUGCUCUGCAAAACCUAGGGCUCCUAAACAAGCUUUGCUUGCGACUGUCCAAGGGCAAGUCCAAUGUUCCAAUGACUUUCUCUGUGGGAGCGUUUCCAAAACUCGAGUAUUUAUAUAUUAGAGUUGAUUUCAUGCUUCAAAAUUGGACAGUGGAGAAAGGAGCAUUGCCUAGUUUGAAAGUUCUGCAUAUCGAAGGAGGUAACAGGUUAGGAAAGCUUCCAGAUGGGCUGAGUUAUGUCAAAACCUUGAAGGAACUUAUCAUAACAAGGGGGUACGAUGUGGCACAGAGCCUGAUGCCUGGUGGAGAAGAAUGGGAAAAAGUUAAAGACUUAAACCCUACUAUCAAAUAUUUGGAUGAGAGCUCUAUGAACCCUUGACAACAUGCAUGGAAACCCGCCGGGGUUUGGAUAAAUUACACGAGGAGCCACAAAUUAUCGUCUUGAAAGGAUUCAACUUGAUGGAGAUGAUUUGAGUAAAGAUUAGGCACACAAUGGGUUACCAUCAGCUUCUAAUUUCCCAUUCCUCCCCCCCCCCCCCCCCAAACAGCCUUUUUCUUGAAAAGGCUUGGAGAAUAAUGUACUGUUGGCACUUAUUCUGUUUGUGUACUUGUGUUUGGAUGUGAUCUGUUUAUUUUCUUUGUGUUUGUUUUUUUUUCCUGGUUUCUUGUUGUCCUGGUUGUGUUUGGGAUCAUCACCUUCGUAUUUUGUGAGUGAUAAUUUGGGGAUUAUUAAUAUGUUGAAGUCUCAAUCUGUGCAUA